CGUAAUUGGGACUGGACUCUCUGUCAUUCGUAAUUCUUAAGGAAAUAUAGUGAAUGUGUCUUUACUUUAACAAUCACGCAUUUUGUUUAUAUUUAGAGCGUCAGCUGACAAAGGAAAGAUGAACCUUCCAAAAGGACCGGAUUCAUUGUGUUUUGACAAGGACGAAUUUAUGAAGGAUGAUUUCGACGUUGAUAAGUUUGUGGCCGAGUGCAGGAAGCGUGUUCAGUUGGAAGAGAUGCGAGAGGAUCUGGAGCAGUAUUAUAAACUGCUCAAAUCUGCCAUGGUUGAGCUCAUCAAUAAAGACUAUGCUGAUUUUGUCAACCUUUCUACAAAUCUUGUUGGAAUGGAUAAAGCCCUUAAUCAGCUCUCUCUUCCACUGGGACAACUACGAGAAGAAGUUCUGAGCCUGAGGUCGGCUGUAAAUGAAGUUAUUCAAGCCAUAGACACGCGAUUGUCCAAGCAAGAUGACAUCCAAAAGAAGAAGAUGUGUGUCAUGAGACUCAUCCAAGUUGUCCGAUCAGUGGAGAAGAUCGAGAAAAUUCUCCACUCACAAAGUUCGAAAGACACAACAUCUCUAGAGAUAAGCAGCCCUCUCCUAGCUGGACAGAUUCUGGAGCGGAUUGCCACUGAGUUUAACCAGCUUCAGUUCCAUGCAGUCCAGAGCAGAGGCAUGCCACUGCUGGAUAAAGUGCGACCGCGUAUAGCAGGGAUCACUGCUAUGCUCCAGCAGUCACUGGAGGGGCUGUUGAUUCAGGGCCUACAGACAUCUAACGUGGACAUGGUGCGGCAUUGUUUACGCACAUAUGCCACCAUAGACAAGACCAGAGAUGCUGAGGCGCUAGUGGGACAAGUCCUAGUGAAACCAUACAUGGAUGAGAUUAUUGUUGAACAGUUUGUCAAGUCUAGCCCCAAUGGUCUGCAGAUAAUGUAUGCCAAACUGCUGGAGUUUGUGCCUCAUCACUGUAGGUUACUCAGAGAAGUAACUGGAGGCACUAUUUCCAGUGACAAAGCAGACAUUGUUCCUGGAUAUGAUUUCCUGGUGAAUUCAGUGUGGCCUGAGAUCAUCAAAGCCGUGGAGGAAAGGAUUCCCUCUCUUUUCAAUCCCGGAAACCCUGAUGCUUUUUAUGAGAGGUACAUUAUCAGCAUGGAUUUUGUGAGGAAAUUUGAGAAGCAGUGUGGUUCACAGGCCAGUGUCAAGCGACUGCGUGCACAUCCAGCCUACCAAAGUUUCCACAACAAAUGGAAUCUCCCUGUCUAUUUCCAGCUCCGGUACAAAGAAAUUGCUGGGAGCCUAGAGGGUGCCAUUGCAGAUGGUUUAGAAGCAGCACCAGCUGGAAGUCUCUACCACCUGCAGGUGUCUCAGGUGUUGUGGAGCUGUGUGUGCAGAUCCUGGGCAGAGAGAAUUUACUUGCCACCUCUGGCACAUCGCUUCUGGAAACUCACACUACAGCUCUUCUCACGUUACACCAAAUUUCUGACUGAGGUUCUGACCAAAACUACUCCCAUUGAGGUCCCUAAAGACCCUGUGAGGCCUCUUCCCAGCUCUGCGUCAUCCACGUCUAGCCGCACAUCUCAGGAUGCCGACAGCGAGAGUGGGGGCCCGACGGCCCUGUCCACUAAGCAGCUGGUCUUCAUAGUAGCCGACCUAGACAAACUGCAGGAGCAGAUUCCAGAGCUCUCCAAGAUCGUCACAGAGAGACUUGAAGCCAUUGGUUUCAAAAAUUUUGUUAUCAUUUCAGAUGCCUUAGAAGACUCCAGGGCCUCUCUGUCUGGUUGCAUUCCCACACUGAACAGCCGGAUGACUCAGCAUUUGACAGAGAGGAGUUGCCGUUUUCUGAAGAAUGCCUCGGAAGUACCAAGACUUUACCGGAGAACUAAUAAGGAGGUGCCCUCCAGGGCCUCGGCGUACAUGGAUAACGCUCUGCAGCCUCUUCAUCAGUUAGUCAAUGACUCAAAAGACACAGUGAAACCGUCAAUCAUCCAUGAAUGGCUACGUGUAACCCUCUCGGAUUGUACCCACAGGUACUAUGAGACCAUAUCGGACGUGCUGAGCUCAGUGAAGAAAAUGGAAGAGAGUUUAAAGAGGUUGAAACAGGCGAGGAAGACUACCACGGCCAAUACAACAGGCAGCAAUGCCGGCCCUUCCGACGACAGCAAAAUUCGCCUGCAGUUGGCUCUGGAUGUGGAAUAUCUUGGAGAGCAGAUUAAGAAGAUGGGCCUGCAACCGAGUGACAUCAGCAUGUUCUCAUCUCUUCUGGACCUGGUCCACGAGGCCCGAGAUGCAGCCUCAGCGGAGCAGGCAGCAUCCUAAACCACGGCGGCUGUCUCUCAGACAAACUGCCUGACCCAUGGGGAGUUCUAGCUUUUGAAGAAUAUUCUUAUCAAAAGGCAUAGUUCAUUGUUUUUCCACUUUAAAAUGCAGCUGGGGAUUAUGUAGAGGUUUUUAAGCAGAGACUUUCAGUCUAACAAUUCCAAUCCUAAAGUAUUCUAAUGUAAGUAACGAUAAAGUAAUAACUUUAAAAUAACAAAAUUACAUGGACUAGCACUGGCCUAUUCCACGUUGGACUGAAGUGUCCUUAAAGUAUCUUUAAGCUUGAUGAGGACACCACUGAAACUGAAUUUGUUAAAACCACUAGACUACUGAGAACCUCAGGAUUAUCUGAGGUAUAUAUUCCAGAAUUUACUUAGUUGCAUAACAGAUAUCUGAGUUAGCAGGGUAUAAAGUAACACUAAGUGUACCAUUUCCAUAACUGGACAUGAAGAAUGGUUUGUCUGAACAAAGUAAUAACAUGGCUUUUGUAAUUACCCUUUUUUCAUACUGAUAAAGAUUCUUUAUGAGAAUGUUUAAAAUGACAAAUGCAGCUUUUACAAUAAAAUGUUUGGAUUCAAGAGGAAAUUCUGGUUGUCGUCCAGGAGUUAAUUUGUUACAAAGUAAGCCUUGCAAAAUCUUUGUCAGAGUUCACUGACCUGCGGUAUUAGUACAUGUCAAGGGUCUACUUACAUGUUGGAUCCUAGCAAGAAAUUAAGAACCCUCCUGCAAAAAUUUUAGAUGUACCACUGUAGUUUUGUCACA